CGAACACGAACUAGCUGUCGCAAAGGACACUAUCUUUCAGAUUCUAGUCCUCUUCUCUGAGUCGGAGAAGAAGUCGAAGAAAUUUCGUUUAAAAGCCUCUCCCGGCGUCGAUCUUGCGGCCUACCCGAUCACCGACUUUCAGCUAGCUUCCCUAGACAACAAAAUGCGCGCGCUCGCUGCGAAACGCCAGAAGGGCACGAGCCUAUUGGGGAAGCUUAGCUGGGCCUGCUACGAGAAGGAAAGUUUUUCGAUGCUCAUUGAAGGGAUCACGACUCUGGUGGAUCUUUUGGAAAACCUCUUUCCCGCCCCGGAAGCUGAAGCCAAACUGGCUGAUCAAGAAAUCAAAGAAGUUGAGGAUCAUGCUAUGUUGCAAUGUCUACAAGACCUAGCGACUAAAGUGGAUAUUGUUUUGAAGAGCAAAGCGACAGAGGCCAUGACAAUCCACGCUUCUGGAACCGUGUCAUUUGAAGGCAGCCAGAUAGGCAGCCAGAUAAUUAACGGAGACGUAAACGUGCACAUCCAAAAUGUGUUCAACACAACACGACGGUCGACAACUUUCGGAUCUAAGACCCGGAAUGCGAUUUUGAAUUGGCUUUCUCCUCUUGCCUUCAACCGGACCCAUAUGAGGAUUAAAGAGAAGGCUUCGCUGCAAGACCAGGCUACUGAAUCGCUCAGCGGUGAUUCGACCGGUAAUUGGCUGUUAGAAGACGACGCUUUCGACGACUGGCGAUCAAGAAAGCUCCCCUAUCUGUGGUAUUAUGGAAUGCCUGGAGCCGGCAAAACUGUUCUUGCGUCAAUCAUAAUAGAUCAUAUGUUAGAGCUUGAAAAAAGCCUGAAACCGAGCCGUAGCAACGGAAAAGUUACUUACAUGUACCUAGAAUAUGAGGAUGCACAGUCUCUUGAGCACCUUCUAGGUAGUAUCGUCCGACAAAUUGUGCAGGACGAGGAUCCACUACCCGAACCUGUCGUCACUGCUUAUUCAACUCAUCACAAAAGAGAUAACGAGGCUCCCUCACAAUGCUUAUCCAAGUUGCUCUUCGAGCUGUCUACACAACAGCCUGUUUACAUCAUCGUAGAUGCUCUUGAUGAGUGCUCAGGCCCAAUUCGUAAACGACUGCUCAAACUUCUUAAACCGAAGACAAAUGACGACACGUACAGGCCUAUUAAUAUACUCAUUACCUCAAGGCUUCUCGAUGAAUUCAGUGACCUUUCUGAGGAUUUUCACCGCGUAAAUAUUACUGCCAAUCCUAGAGACAUCAACAUGUUCGUGGAACAUGAGUUCAGAAACAAUGGCCGCCUGAAACGAUUCGCAGAGCAGGAUCGUGAGCUUCUUAGUGAUGUCAAAUUCACGAUACGCCAGAGGUGUAAUGGGAUGUUUCUCCUCGCUAGUUUGCACAUGAAAUCAUUAACUGAGCAAUAUCUGUUAGCGGAAGUACGUGAGAAGCUCAAGAGACUCCCCAAUGGAGUUGAUGGUACUUACGAUCAUACUUUGGAGCGCAUUCGAAAGCAACCGGAGGAACAGAGAGCCCUUGCUUGGAAAACUCUCGCGUGGGUUGUCCUCAGCAAGCGGCGUUUAACAGCAAUAGAGCUACAACACGCACUCGCUUGCGUAUCAGGCACCCGAGGGUUUGACCCUGAAAGGAUUUACCAAGAAGAUGAUAUUCGAGAUGUUUGUUUAGGAUUAGUAACACUGUCCCACGGACUUGUUACUUUAGUCCACUAUACAGCCCAAACAUAUCUGACGUUGAGAGCGGGAAGUCUGUUUGCCGGAUUCGACGCUAAAAUUGCGCAAACAUGCGCCAGAUAUCUCGGUCUGAAAGUGCUGGAGCAACCUGAUAAUUUCCAGGCCGGUAUCUCAUACGCAGAUGAUCU